CGUCAAGUAGGAACCAUCCACUAGAAUUGCACCGACAUGGUCCCAUGGUCUAGCGGUUAGGACAUUGGACUCUGAAUCCAGUAACCCGAGUUCAAUUCUCGGUGGGACCUAUCCAAAUUUUUUCAACUUUAUCUUUUCAUCUUUACCUUCUUCCGUACCAAAACAAGAAGAAUUUCUUGCCCACUUGGCCUCUUCCUUCACACUUGUUCUUCUUCCUUCUUCUCGACAUUUCCAUCCAUGGUCAUCCAUGGCUCUUCUUGCUCCCACCAGUGUAGCCAUUCCCAAGCUCCUUCCUCUUCCUUCUAGUCACACCAAACAGCCACGCUCCCCCGUUUCUUCCUCCUCGGUCUUUCUAGACCAUCUCUCCGCCCGCCGCCCGUCACCGAAUUCGAUUCGCUCGAGAAGAAGAAACAGGAGUCGAAUCGUCGUCGUUUCUUUCACUGAAGAGAAGGAACAAGUGGUUCCCGUGAACGAUACUGAUUCUCAAGAUCACGGCCCUCUUUCUUCCGCUUUUGUCGAUGAAGGCGGCGGUGACGAGAGAGGGAGAAUUGUAAGCAGAGGGAUUAAUGCAGCCAUCGUUUUGGGUUUCGGGACACUUGCUGUCUCCAGGUUGCUCACGAUAGAUCAUGAUUACUGGCAUGGAUGGACUCUGUAUGAGAUACUAAGGUAUGCACCCGAGCACAACUGGGAAGCAUAUGAAGAAGCUCUGAAAUCAAACCCUGUGUUGGCCAAAAUGGCAAUUAGUGGAAUCGUCUACUCCAUUGGAGAUUGGAUUGCGCAGUGCUACGAGGGAAAACCGCUGUUUGAGUUUGAUCGAACACGCAUGUUCAGAUCGGGCCUCGUUGGCUUUACACUUCAUGGUUCCCUUUCUCAUUACUACUAUCAGUUCUGUGAGACUCUUUUCCCUUUCCAGGGUUGGUGGGUUGUCCCGGCCAAAGUUGCAUUUGAUCAAACAGUUUGGGCUGCAAUUUGGAACAGCAUCUAUUUUGUGGCGCUGGGUUUCUUGCGAUUUGAGUCCCCUGCCAAUAUCUUUAGGGAGCUCAAGGCAACUUUUUUGCCAAUGCUAACUGCUGGAUGGAAGCUAUGGCCAUUUGCCCAUUUGAUUACUUAUGGCGUCGUCCCAGUCGAACAAAGGCUUCUUUGGGUGGACUCGGUGGAGCUCAUUUGGGUUACUAUACUCUCAACCUAUUCAAACGAAAAGUCAGAAGCCCGAAUAUCUGAUGAUGCAGCUUCGGAGACGGAAUCCAUUUCUUCCGGCAACUCUUCUUCCAAGGAAUCAAAUCAAUCGUGAAGUAGGGUGUUCGAAUGAGAUGUCUUCACUCUUGGUAGCAAUGGUUAGGAUAUUCAUCAAUCAUCUUGCUGGUCCAUGGAGGCAGCCACCUUCGAAAGGGAAUGCAGCUGCUGAAAGGGCAUGUCUCAUCUUAUAGAGGAACUUUGUAUAUUGAAUGGUAAAUAUACUGUGUAUAUGAUUGUGUAACACGAUAUCCAUUACAUCAAAAGAAGGUUUAGUGAACAUAUGCAGAUUUGCUCUAUUUUCAACCAAGAAAGGUCACAGUGCCAUUGAUUAUUUGAUUUUGUCCGGACUCUGCCUGAAAGAGAGUUAACCAUGCCCAUGAUUUUAUCAACCGAGAAAUAAGUGAAGAAAAGCUACGAUUAAAUCGUUAGGUAUGGA